GAAUUUGUAUUUAAAUUUUAUAGUUUAAGGAUCAAAAAAAAAAAAUAUUGUAUGGAGAAAGUUGAAGUCAAUGAAAUGUGUUUGUGUUGAUAAACGAUUAAAAUGGCCGCCGUUUCGUUUUGAGUACAACAAAAUUUCGGUGCUUAUUGAUUCUCACCAAAUUUCCAAAAAGAAAAUUAUUUAAAAUCUUCUGAUUUAAUGGAUCGACUUGUUGAUAAAGCUUAUUCUAAGUUUUGCACCAUAAAAUAAAGGAAGCGCUUUUAGUGCUAUGCUGUAAGUACUGCUAGUGAUUUUUAUUUAUUGAAAAUACAUGUUGUGAAUGCUUAUAAUGUCCGUUGUGCUUGUGAGUAUAUGAUUGUUAAACGUUCAGAAUAUAUUGUUAAAAACCUAUAAGAUGAGCAAAAGAACUGGUCGGAAGCCGAAACGUGAACGUACAUCAAGACGUCGUACUAGGCGCCAUUCGUCUACAUCGGAAACAUCGUCAGAAGAUGUACCACCUAAAACUCGAGCUACCAGUAGAGUUGAUGAGGUCGAAAGGAAAGUAGCUCUCACAAUAAAACUACCAAAGCCAGAGAGUAAUGAUUGCAAUGAAGAAAACACAACCGGGAUGUGGAAAGUAGAGUGUUCAAAUGGAUCGGAUGGUGAUAUUCAAAAGUUAAAAAUUAGUCUUAGGCGUUCACCUAAAGAUUUAUUAAGAGAACAGGCUGCUGAAGCCAAAUAUGCAGCUGAACGAAAAGAGAAAGAAGAAGCAGCUAGUAGUUCAACACAUUCAUCUGCUUUAGAUGGUAGUGUCACAAACUAUUUAGAACAAUUUGGCAGUACUGUAGUAGUUAAAGAAACUGAACAAAAUAUUGUGGAUUCUAAUGAACAAGUGAAAAUUGUUAUUCCUGCCAAUGAACCAACAUACAAUCAAGGCAAUAUAAGUCAAAUUGAUAAUAAUCAAAUAGAUGACAGUAAAAUUAUAUCUGAUUUAAUAACAUCUCAAGAUGAAUCCAUUGUAAAAAAUAUUUCUAUUGAUAAAAAUAUGCUCAUUGAUGAAGUAGUUAGUGAUACUGUAGUUAAAUCAAAUGUAAUUCUUGAAAAUACUGUAGAUCAAACAACUGUUGCAGUAGAAUCAAUCAAUCCAAUUAAUUUGUCUGAAGAUUUAAUUGGCUCAACAGUCAAUCCUCUUAAUGAGGAAUGCCAAAUUUCGGAAGAAAAAUUGACAAAUGUUGAAGUUAUACCUUCAGAUAUUGAUAUUCCAAUAGCCUUAAGUGAAACAAUUCAGGAUGUUAAUCCAGAAUUUGUUGAAAAUAUAGUAAGUGAGAUAAAUGUAUCUAAAGUCAUAGAAGAAGAAAAUGAAUCUAAUGCUGAGAUAAGUAAAACAGCUAAUGAUAUCAUAGAAGAAAAAACUAAAUCUGAUUUAAUUAAUGAUUCAGAACAGAUGGAAGAUGUUGUACAAUUAACUGUAGAAUCUCCAGAUUUAGUUGAUGAUGAAGAUCCAAAACCAGCUUAUGAAGAAGAACUAAAACCAAUUGAUAAGGAAACUAAACCAGUGGUUGAUAAAGAAUCCAUCUCAGUGGAUAAUAAAGAAUCCAUAACAGUAGAAGAACCAAAACUAGUGUGUGAUAAAGAAUCUAAACCAAUUGUAGAAUCUUAUCCAGUGCAGUUAUUAGAUACACAAAAAGUUGAAGUUGAGGAAGUAGCAAAAUCAUCAUCUUCACAUCCAAAGCGUAAAUGGGGGUCUUGUAAAACAAGGACACCUAUUACGAUUAGUCCUUUUACAUUAGGAAUAAUAAUAGAAUCAAACAGUGAUUUUAUUGGAGAUAAUAGUGAGUAUCGUUCAGAAGAAGGAGAAAUACAAAGAACAGAUUCUGAGGAAGAACAAGAUGUUGAAGAAGCUAUGGAAAUGAAUGAUACCAUGUUAAUUGAUCAUGAAGCAGUUGAUUAUGAAGCUCCUGAUGAAGAAGAAAAACCAUCAGACAUUGAUGAUGAUGAAUGCAAAUCUGAAAAAUCCUUAACAGAAGAAGUUAAUAAAGUAGAGCCAAAAAAGAAUUUAUCCGCUGUAAAACAUUUAACUUCAAAUGUCAUCCGGAUUACUAAUCUUGUCCGGCCAUUUACUGUUGGUCAACUAAGAGAUUUGUUACAAAGGACAGGAAAAAUUGUUUCCAAUGGAUUUUGGAUUGAUUCAAUUAAAUCGCAAUGUAUUGUUGAGUAUGAAAAUGAAGAUCAGGCUAUUGAAACUGUAUACGCAUUAAAUGAAUCCCAGUGGCCAUCAACCAAUCCUAAAUUUUUAAGAGUUGUUUUUACUGAUAAAGAAGAAUUAAAUAAAGCUUUAAAUGGAACUCAACCAGACCGUUUGGAGAAGCAAAAUGAGUCAAAAGUAGAAAAACUUAGAACUCGGGUGGAAAAUAAUAUUAUUUUACGUGAAUGGGACAGAGGCAAAUUGGAAGAUAUGAAUGGUGAAAAAGAAGAUAAACCUACUAAAAGAAAAAUAUCUGAUGAUCAUUUUUCAAAGGAUAAAAAAGUAAAAAAAGAUCUACAGGACAAACAAAAAAAAUCUAAAACUCCUGAACGUAUUCCUACUAAAAGUUUAGAUGAACUGUUUCGAAAAACUAAAACUUCCCCAACAUUAUAUUGGUCUCCACUUUCUCUUGAACAGAUAACAGAAAAAGAAGACCAACGACGUAAACAUUUAGCAGAAAUGGAACGGUCUCAAAAAACUGAUCGUAGAAGAAGAGAUAACAACAAUAUUUAUCCUAGAAGGCGUUAGCAAUUGUAUAUAGAAAGUAUUUUAUAUAUUAAAAGAAAAUACCUACAUUUUAUAUCAAUUGGUACCUCCGAGAUUUGUCACCAGAUACCAGAGGGUAACUCAUUAACACAUAGUAAAAACUGCAUAAUUAUUGUAGGCUAAUUUUUUCAUAAACUGUUUUUUUUUUUUUAGGGAUAUCACAAUCCAAGCUGUUUUUAUGAUAAUUUGAUUA